UAUAACUGUCUUUAGAGAAAAAAGAAACAAAACUCACAAAAAGGAUUUCAUAUUUUGGUUGCUUAGUGUCUCUAAUGGCACGGUUUGAGCCAUAUAACUAUAACAUUGGUCUUAAUUCUUUCUUUGCACAAAUUAACCAAAAUCCAGAGCUAAUAAAUCUGGACUCACCAGCUUCUACUCCUCCGAGUUUCAUGCUUUUCUCCAAUGGAGCUUUAGUUGAUGCCGAUCACAAUAAUUCUCUCUUCUCCCCAAACUUAGUGCACGGUGGUACGGGAAGAAAAGGCAAUAAAGAAGAGAGUGGGUCAAAGAGAAGAAGAAAGAGGUCGGAAGAGGAAGAAGCCAUGAAUGAAGAGGAGACUCAGAAGCCAAAAGAUGUUGUCCAUGUCCGAGCUAAGAGAGGUCAAGCUACUGAUAGCCAUAGUUUGGCUGAAAGGGUACGAAGAGAGAAGAUAAAUGAAAGGCUGAAAUGCUUACAAGACCUUGUUCCAGGCUGCUACAAGGCAAUGGGAAUGGCAGUGAUGCUUGAUGUCAUCAUAGAUUAUGUUCGAUCACUCCAGAAUCAAAUAGAGUUUUUGUCCAUGAAACUCUCAGCGGCAAGUGCGUAUUACGACCUUAAUUCUUUGGAUAUUGAACCAACGGAUAUAUUUCAGGGAGGGAAUAUGUCCAAUGCAGAAGAGAUGGAAAGGAUUUUAAGAGAAAGCGUUGGAACCCAGCCUCCUAAUUUCAGUUCAACAUUGCCCUUUUGAUACAUAAGAAAAUUUAUCAGAGAAAUUAUUCUCUUUUCCUAUAAUUAAACUCCAUAAAAAUAAGGACUUACCAUAUGAGUAUAUAUAGGUUUAUCUUUUUUUUGUCUGACGAUGUUUGUGAUAAAAUGUGUAACCUUGU